GCCGAUACUUUCCGACAGCGAAAACAAAACAAGCAAAAGCAAAAGCUCAAAAAACGAAAAAAAAUAAAAAACAAGAAAACGGAAAGCAAAAGCAAAAACCACAAAGAGCGUAACGACAAUUCAACUGCCACCCUCUUCCCACCGUCUCCGUCCCUGCCGAUCGACGCAGACCGAGAGAGACAGAGAGCCAGCGAGCAAUUGAGCUGCGAAUCGCAGUUUCGGAGGUGGAGAGAAGGGGGAAGGGGAAAUGACGUCGUUGCACAGGAAGGUGGGAAGCGAGGGCUCCGACAAGGAGGGAAUGGAGCGCGGGGCUGAGGAGAGAGGGGCGAAGUCGGAGUACUUCGGGUGGGUUUAUCAUUUGGGCGUGAAUUCCAUUGGUCACGAGUACUGUCACCUUCGGUUCUUGAUCAUCAGAGGCAAGUAUGUGGAGAUGUACAAGCGGGACCCCCAAGAGAAUCCUGGAAUUAAACCCAUUAGGAAGGGAGUAGUAGGACAGACACUUAUGGUGGAGGAGCUAGGGCGUCGGAAGGUCAACAAUAGGGAUGUUUAUGUUCUCCGAUUUUACAGUCGGUUGGAUGAGACGAAAAAGGGCGAAAUUGCUUGUGCUGCUGCUGGAGAAGCCCAAAAAUGGAUGGAGGCAUUUGAUCAUGCCAAGCAGCAGGCUGAAUUUGAGCUUUCAAAAGGAAGAAGUGCUAGAGAGAAACUGAACAUGGAGAAUGAGAUCAACCUUGAAGGACAUCGACCUAGGGUGAGGCGGUAUGCAAAUGGUUUAAGAAGGCUUAUAAGGAUUGGACAAGGCCCGGAGACGCUUUUGCGCCACUCUUCUGACUUUGGUGGUAAUGUUAGGUCAGACGGGUUCUUUGAAGGCGAUAGUGGAGAUGCAAUUGAAGCACAUCAGUGGAAAUGUGUCCGUACAAUUAAUGGCAUCAGAAUCUUUGAGGAUGUGGCUGACACCAAGAGCGGUAAAGGUGCUCUUGUGAAAUCUGUUGGUGUUGUUGAUGCAAGUGCUGACACUGUAUUUGAAGUGCUUCUAAACCUCGAGAAACGGCGAAGAUAUGAGUGGGAUAUGUUGACAGGUGAUUUAGAACUAGUAGACUCUUGUGAUGGACACUAUGAUGUUGUCUAUGGGACAUGCGAUCCAAAAUAUUUUACAGGGUGGUAUUCUAAGAAGGAUUUUGUCUUCUCCCGUCAAUGGUUUCGUGGCCAAGAUGGAACAUAUACAAUCUUGCAAUUCCCAGUUGUAAAUAAGAAAAAGCCUCCAAGACAUGGAUAUCAACGCACAAAAAUUAAUACUUCUACAUGGGAGAUUCGAAAUUUGAACACAGCCACAGGUUCAAGUGCAGCAAGAUGUCUUGUGACGCACAUGUUAGAGAUACCCUCUGGAGGAUGGUGUAAAUGGAAGAAAAACAAAUGCUCAAAGUUUGAAAAUACUAUACCUUACGCUUUGUUGUGCCAAGUGGCAGGUUUGAAGGAAUAUAUUGGGGCAAAUCCAGCACUUAAAGCUGAAACUUCCACCACGAUUAUCCAUUCAAAAAUUUCGGACAGUUCUUCUGGUAGUGAAUUUGAGGAUUCAGAAGUGCAGGAUGAGUUCUAUGAUGCCAUUGCUGCUGACUCAUCAUCCGAAGAUGAAGAGAGUGACAACGAUGAAGGGGUUAACAAUAAGGACCAAACAGUGAAGCUGAAGAAUGUUUCGUGGGCCAUCACAGGCUUGGCUUUAAGACGAACUUCAGCACGUGACACAAAUAAGGAACUAGAUGCAAAUGUACCACCUGUGCCUAUUGAUUCAAGCCAGUUUAGCGGCUCCAUGCGCCAAGGAAAUGAUGAGACUGACACAAACUGUUGGACAUCUCCUAGUGGUAACGGAUUCAUGAUUAGAGGAAAGACAUACCUAAAGGAUCAUUCUAAGGUAAUGGGAGGAGAUCCCUUUCUCAAGCUCAUAGCAGUUGAUUGGUUUAAGGUUGAAAAGUGCACAGAGAGGAUUGCACUGCAUCCAAAGUGUCUUGUUCAGUCAGAAGCUGGGAAGAAACUUCCAUUUAUCCUGGUCUUUAAUCUUGAGGUUCCAGCAAAACCAAACUACAGUUUGGUUCUCUACUAUGCUGCAGACAGGCCCAUAAACCAAAAUUCGUCAUUGGGUAAAUUCGUGGAUGGGAAUGACAUUUAUCGGGAUUCAAGGUUCAAACUAAUUCCAAGUAUAGUUCAGGGAUACUGGAUGGUAAAGCGUGCAGUUGGAACAAAAGCUUGUCUGCUCGGGAAAGCAGUAACCUGCAAGUAUCUAAGACAAGACAACUUUCUGGAGAUUGAUUUGGAUAUUGGCUCUUCAUCUGUUGCAAGGAGUGUGAUUGGCCUCGUCCUCGGAUAUGUUACAAGCAUAGUAGUUGAUCUUGCAAUUUUGGUAGAGGGAAAGGAAGAGAAAGAGCUGCCUGAAUACAUUCUCGGGACCGUUCGACUAAAUCGUGUCAGCCUUGAUUCUGCUGUUCCACUUGAGGCUUGAGGUUUCUAUAUGUCAAUAUUUGUCUGUCAACUUGUUUUCCAAAUUUAACGCCAUUAUUUAAUUGGGCACCAUUUUUCAAAAACUUUCCAUGUAUCAUUAUAAGCGAAUCAGCAUCUAAAAUCAAGUGACAUUAAUAAAUAGUUUUCCUUCAUCUGAA